CGCACGUUGAUGUCUGUCUGCAUCCUUCUGCCUGUGGUAGCUCGUCCGAACUCGGGAACGUUCUUGGACCGUUCGUGCCGGCUCGUCUUCAGCUUUCUUACACCUCCUUGAACGGGGCACGCCAGACGACCUUGUAUGUAAAGCUGCUCCGUUGCCAUUUGGAUCGCAGAGUCGAGACACCGAGACACGCACACAGACCACAAAAGAGAGAGGCGUCACCAUGUCGAAACGCCAUCUCUUCAACUCGCCCGAUGGCCUGGUCAACAAGGCCCUCCGCGGCAUCAUCGCCUACAACCCCUCCCUCAGCCUCGACGAGGCCAACCGCGUCGUCUACGACACCGCCUACGACCGGCGCAACGUGAGCAUCAUAAGCGGCGGCGGCUCCGGCCACGAGCCCGCCUGGACCGGCUACGUGGGCGCCAACAUGCUCGCCGCCUCCGUCCAGGGCGACGUCUUCGCCAGCCCCAGCACCAAGCAGAUCGUCGCCGCCGUCGACGCCGUCCCCAGCGACAAGGGCACCAUCCUCGUCAUCACAAACUACACCGGCGACUGCCUGCACUUUGGCCUCGCCAACGAAAAGGCCAACGCGCGCGGCCACAACUGCCGCGUCAUCAUCUGCGGCGACGACGUCUCCGUCGGCAAGAAGAAGGGCAGCAUGGUCGGACGGCGCGGUCUCGCCGGGCAGAUCGGCGUCCUCAAGGUCAUGGGCGGCGCGGCCGGCGCGGGGGGCUCCCUCGACGACGUCUACGACCUGGGCGUCGCCUUCUCGCAGCAGAUUGUGUCUAUCGCGGCGACGCUCGACCACUGCCACGUCCCGGGGCGGACGGAACACGGCAUGCUCGACGACGACGAGGUCGAGAUCGGCACGGGCCCGCACAACGAGCCGGGAUACAAGAAGUUGUCGCCCGCGCCGUCGCCGUCCGAGCUCGUCCAGUCCAUCCUCAAGCACUGCCUCGACGAGAACGACCCGGAGCGCGGCUACGUCAAGUUUGCGCCCGGCGAUGAGACGAUGCUGCUCAUCAGCAACUUUGGCGGCAUGUCGCACCUCGAGAUGGGCGCCCUGGUCGACGAGGUGCUGGAGCAGCUCGCCCGCGAGUGGGACAUGGAGCCCUCGCGCAUCUGCGCCGGCUUCCUCGAGACGUCGCUCAACGCGCCCGCCUUCUCCGUCUCCGUCAUCAACGUCACGGCCGCGGCCAAGAACUGCCGGUACUCGGUCGACGAGAUCAAGAGCUUCUUCGACGUGCGCACCAACACGCACUGGGAGUCCAUGGCCGGGUCGCAGGCCACGCGACGGCCGCGCAAGGAGCAGCUCGUGCGCGCGCCGCAGGAGGAGCGCAAGACGGUCGACGAUACGCGCGACCUCAAGGUCGAUCCCACAAUCUUGGAGAAGAUGCUGCGCAACGCUUGCGAGCAGCUCAUCGUCGCGGAGCCGGAUCUGACGAGGUGGGACACGGUCAUGGGCGACGGCGACUGCGGCGAGACGCUCAAGACGGGGGCCACGAGCCUGCUGGCGGCGCUGGACCGCGGGCUGGCCCGGUCCGGCUCGGUCGUCAAGGUGCUGCUCGAGCUCGAGGACAUUGUGGAGAGCAAGAUGGGCGGCACCCUCGGUGGCAUCUUGGGCAUCUUCUUCGUCUCGCUACGGGCGGCGGUAGAAAAGAACAUUGAGCUCGCGUCGUCCAGGGGCACCAUCGCACUCUGGGGCGAAGCCGUCUCGAGUGCGCUCGAGAGCCUCAGACGGUACACGCCGGCCAAGAUUGGAGACCGCACCGUCAUGGACACCCUGAUCCCGUUCGCCGAGGCGACCAAGAGCGGCGGGCUGGACAAGGGCGUCAGGGCCGCGGUUCAGGGCGCCGAAGCGACCAAGACGAUGACGCCCAGGCUCGGCAGGGCGACCUACGUCGGUGCGGGUGCCAACGGCAACAAGGAGUUGCCCCCCGAUCCUGGGGCUUGGGGCGCCAUGGUGGUUGUCCAGGGGCUGCAGGCAGGCAUGUAAUAGACGUUCUUCCUCUUGUAACAUUGAUGAG